AUGUGCACCAACGUGUUUCCAGGACCUCCAGGUCGGCCGGGUUUACCAGGAGAGAGUGGUCAACCUGGAAAUGUAGGAUCACAGGGCGGUAUCGGCAAAACUUACGAGGCGCAACGUGGAGGAACGGGAUGUAUCACGUGUCCAGCAGGGCCUCCUGGACCACCUGGACCAGGUGGGCCUCAAGGGCCUGCUGGACCCCUUGGAAAUCCAGGAAUUCAGACAAUUAGCGGAGGAGGCGGGCCACCCGGACCUCCAGGACUGCCAGGAGCUCCAGGAUCAAGUGGAAAUCCAGGUCAACAGGGAAACAGUGGACAACCUGGACAGCCAGGUUCGCGCACUGUAAACCAACCAGGGCCAGCUGGACCACCUGGACCACCAGGCCCACCGGGCCAGCCUGGGCAGGUUGGUUAUGGCGGAGGAAAUGCCGGACUGCCUGGACCACCUGGUCCACCUGGAAAUGAUGGCGCUCCAGGAAGUCCAGGAAGUCCUGGUCAGCCAGGGGUUGGUGGAGUACCAGGGUCAGACGCAGCAUACUGCCCCUGCCCUCCACGUAUUGCUGGAGGUGGAGCUCCUGUUGAAGAACCAAGCAUUGGUGUUGUGGAACCUGGGGCAGCCAGUCGUUAUGAACCAAAAUCGGUUGGAGGCGGUGGUGUACCUUACUCUGGAAACAGCUAUGGGAAAAGAGCUAGUGUUUGA